ACGCAUCGUGCACAGAAAAAUGUCGUGAAACAGAGACGAGAACAAGGUAGGAGUGAAAAAAAACACUCACUUUAGUAUUUCACCGCCUAUCUCAAAGGCCAAAGGCACUCCUCCACCAUCUCUCACUCUCUCUUUCCUCACCUAUUCGCCUGCUGCCAUGUCCAUCCCUCGGGAAUUGUACCCUUCCGAAGAGGACCUUCCCUACGAAGAAGAAAUCCUCCGCAACCCCUUCAGUCUCCGUCUAUGGUGGCGCUACCUAGUGGCGAGAACCGCCUCUCCUUUCAAGAAGCGUGCAGUCAUCUACGAAAGAGCCCUAAAAGCUUUGCCUGGAAGCUACAAACUCUGGUAUGCCUAUCUUCGUGAACGCCUUGAACUUGUUCGCAAUCUUCCAAUUACGCAUUCUCAGUAUGAAACCCUAAAUAAUACUUUUGAACGUGCUUUAGUAACGAUGCAUAAAAUGCCAAGAGUUUGGAUUAUGUAUUUGUUAACCCUAACUCAGCAGAAAUUGGUUACUCGUACUCGUCGGACGUUCGAUCGGGCGCUUUGUGCUUUGCCUGUUACUCAGCAUGAUCGAAUUUGGGAACCCUAUUUGAUUUUUGUCAGUCAGAAGGGGAUUCCGAUCGAGACAUCACUUAGGGUUUACAGGAGGUAUUUGAAGUACGACCCGUCUCACAUUGAGGAUUUUAUUGAGUUUUUGAUUAAUUCGGAGCGGUGGCAAGAGGGUUCGGAGAGAUUAGCUGGGGUGUUGAAUGAUGAUCAGUUCUUUUCUAUUAAGGGGAAGACGAAGCACCGGCUUUGGCUUGAGUUGUGUGAUUUGUUGACCAAGCAUGCUACUGAGGUUUCUGGGUUGAAUGUGGAUGCGAUAAUUAGGGGCGGGAUUAGGAAGUUUACAGAUGAGGUGGGGAGGUUGUGGACUUCAUUGGCGGAUUAUUAUAUCAGGAGGAAGUUGCCGGAGAAGGCUAGGGAUGUGUUUGAGGAGGGUAUGACGACAGUGGUGACUGUUAGGGAUUUUAGUGUGGUUUUUGAUGCAUACUCGCAGUUUGAGGAGAGUAUGUUGGCAUAUAAGAUGGAGAGCUUGGAUUUGAGUGAUGAAGAGGGAGAGGAUGGUGGGGAUGGUGAAGAGGAGGAUGACAAGGAUAUCAGAGGGGAUGUUGAGCACUCUGUGGGGAAGUUUGAGAAGAAGAUCUUGAAGUGUUUUUGGCUGCACGAUGAUAAUGAUGUAGAUUUGCGGCUGGCUAGGUUGGAGCAUUUGAUGGAUAGACGGCCAGAACUGGCCAAUAGUGUUCUUCUUCGACAAAACCCACAUAAUGUGGAGCAAUGGCAUCGGAGAGUGAAGCUCUUUGAGGGUAACCCAACUAGGCAGAUAUUGACCUACACUGAGGCAGUCAGGACUGUAGACCCCAUGAAGGCAGUAGGAAAGCCUCACACUUUGUGGGUAGCUUUUGCUAAGCUUUAUGAGAAUCACAAAGAUCUUGCUAAUGCUAGGGUUAUCUUUGACAAAGCUGUGCAAGUCAAUUAUAAGGCAGUGGAUCAUCUUGCUAGCAUUUGGUGUGAAUGGGCUGAAAUGGAGUUGAGGCACAAAAACUUUAAGGGAGCACUAGACUUGAUGCGGCGUGCAACUGCAGUGCCCUCUGUUGAAGUUAAGCGUAGAGUUGCUGCGGAGGGUUACGAGCCUGUGCAGAUGAAGCUACACAAAUCGUUGAAGUUAUGGACAUUCUAUGUAGAUUUGGAGGAAAGCCUUGAUACUUUGGAGAGCACCCGUGCAGUGUAUGAGAGCAUAUUAGAUCUUAGAAUUGCAACUCCCCAAAUUAUUAUAAACUAUGCAAUGCUUCUGGAGGAGCAUAAAUAUUUUGAAGAUGCAUUUAGGGUGUAUGAAAGAGGCGUGAAGAUCUUCAAAUACCCUCAUGUAAAGGAGAUAUGGGUUACAUAUUUAUCCAAGUUUGUUAAGAGAUAUGGGAAGAGUAAGCUGGAACGAGCCAGAGAGCUCUUUGAAAAUGCUGUUGAAACGGCUCCCGGGGAAUGUGUAAAGCCUUUAUACCUGCAAUAUGCUAAGUUGGAGGAGGACUAUGGUUUAGCAAAGCGUGCAAUGAAGGUUUAUGACCAAGCUACUAAAGCUGUUCCAGCUAAUGAGAAGUUGAGCAUGUACGAGAUCUACAUAGCUCGUGCAGCAGAAAUGUUUGGUGUGCCAAAAACCAGGGAGAUAUAUGAGCAGGCAAUUCAAUCUGGGCUUCCUGACAAAGAUGUGAUGGCCAUGUGCUUGAAGUAUGCUGAGCUUGAGAAGAGCCUCGGAGAGAUUGACCGUUCGCGUACAGUUUAUAUAUAUGCCUCCCAGUUUGCAGAUCCAAGAUCUUUUUCAGAUUUCUGGAAUCAGUGGCAUGAAUUUGAGGUCCAACAUGGAAAUGAAGACACCUUCAGAGAAAUGCUCCGCAUCAAACGUACUGUUGUUUCUAGUUACAGCCAGACACAUUUCAUCCUUCCUGAAUUAAUGAUGCAAAAAGAUGAGAAGAUAAGCCUUGAUACGGCUGUGGAUGUACUAAAACAAGCUGGGGUUGGUGAAGAUGAAAUGGCUGCUCUUGAAAGGCGGUUGGCUCCUGCAGAUAACGAUGUUCCAGCUAAGGAUAAAGCCAGAACUGUUGGGUUUGUGAGUGCCGGGGUUGAAUCUCAAGCUGAUACUGGCAGAAGAAAUGUUAACCAGGAGGAGAUUGAACUGCCAGAAGAGAGUGAUGAUGACGAAGAUGACGAUGUUGAAAAGGUUGAGAUUGCUCAAAAGGAUGUGCCAAGUGCUGUUUUUGGUGGCUUGGCUAAGAAGCGGGAAGACCCUGAGAAACCUGAAGAUGGUGACGAGGCCAAAGAGGCUGAUAGUCGUCUUGGUGCUCUUGAAAGAUUGAAGCGUAGAAAGAAAGAUUAGCGACUUCCUUGUAAGGUCUGGUAAAAGCUAGUUAGAUAUUACGAGUAUCUCAGGUUACACUUCGGUACCUUCACUUUGUAAGCUUUUUGUAGCAUACUUCUUGUUGUAGAUUAAAUAUUUGAUCAGCUGAUCUCGUUUUUUUAAGGUCUGUUUUAAACAGGACAAAUUUUUGUAACGAUUGUUCAUAAAGAGUUAUUCAAAUGUGAAUCAAGCCCACUAACAAUUACUACUA